GAGGUGUCAUGUGGCCCAGGAGGUGAGUGGUCAGCCAAAGCUCCUAGUUGCAAGUAUGUUGACUGCCGCACUCCACCUGAUAUCGAUAAUGGUCACUACCGCCUGAUCAACGGCACCACCACACAUGGCAGCCUUGUAGAGUACAGCUGUGACCCAGACCACUGGCUUGAGCCUCCAGAUCACCGCAGACUCAUCUGUAUGAGAGAUGCUAAGUGGUCUGCUGACGCACCCUCCUGCGAAUUGAUCACCUGCCCUGAGCCAGAUGUACCAGAGGACGGGUAUGUGGUGGGGUAUGACUUCAAUGUUCACUCCACGAUAGAGUAUCACUGUGAGGCUGGACAUCUGUUGAGUGGCAGGACGACUCUGGAAUGUACAUCGCAAGGAGAGUGGAGCGAUGAACCUCCCACUUGCCAGUUUGUUGAUUGCGGAAAGGUGUCACCAUUACCAUAUGGAAAUGUAAACUACAUUAACAGCACAACGUAUCUGGAUAGUGAGUUAACAUACAGCUGUGUGCGCAACUACCGCCUAGUUGGCCCCACUCACCGUCGCUGCCUUACUUCUCGACUGUGGAGUGACUCCUCACCCAGAUGUGAAGAGAUUAGGUGUCCUGAGCCAAAGCUAGCUGACCACGCCAUCCUGUCAGUGACCAACAAUGACCGAAUGUAUGGCAGGACUCUCAUCCGAACUGCAGACUCAGCUGUGUCUGUGGCCACCUACAAGAUCGGGGCGCUAGUCAAGUACCGUUGUGAGCGAGGGUAUAAGAUUGUCGGAGAUCCAUUGAGUACUUGUGAGGAGAAUGGACACUGGAGUGGCACCAUACCAGAGUGUGUCUUUGUGGACUGUGGGAUGCCUACACCACCCCCUCAUGGCCGUUUCUCCCUUGCAUCCAAUGUUACGUACUACGGUUCAGCAGUCUUGUAUGAGUGUGAGGACAACUACCACCUUGAUGGGUUCGCCCGGAGGAUCUGUCUGGAGAACGGAACUUGGAGCUCAGAGACUCCAACCUGCAAGGAGAUACAGUGUAGUGAACCUGAGAUUGAAGGCAUAGUGUCAGUGCAAACAUCCACCCAUAGUAUUGGAGGGGUGGCCCACUACAGUUGUCCCAGGGGUACCAACAUGCAGGGUAACUCUACCCGCAUAUGUCUUAGAAAGGGAAUCUGGAGCGGACGCAUUCCUAUCUGUAAAUAUGUGGACUGCGGUGAGCCAGGCAUGAUAGAGAAUGGUCGGGUGAUUGUGGUGAACCAGUCGACACUCUAUGGCAGCGCAGCCGAGUACCACUGUGUGCCACAGUACCAGAGGAUUGGGCCGUACCUACGCAAGUGUAUGGAGGAUGGCGUGUGGUCAGGGGAGGAGCCUAGAUGUGAAAUGGCCUCUAAUGCUGCAAGUGAAUCUCAGAACCUUGGAUUAGCAAUUGGAAUCGGAGCUGGAAUUGUUGUCUUCCUACUUGUUAUUUUAGGACUCAUUUACAUCAGAUUGCGUAGGGAAACUCCAGUGAAGAACACAGAAAAUGUGGAAGGAGCUGUCAGAAAGGAAGAGCAGAGCGCAGCUGUGAUGUCAUAUGCAACACUGAGCAAUGGCUCAGGACACCACAACAUCUACGACAAUAUUCGUGAACCCGAAGAGAUGUACGAUUCACCGUACGAGCACACGAGUCACUAUGAACCAUCACCUGUGUCGAGGCGGAGCAACAAGGCGACUGUGACUAUCAACGGUGUUGUAGCUGUGCAUUGA